ACGAACCCAAUUCAAUGUUUCGCAAACAAACUCAUACUCAUAGCCAACUUCAUUCAAGUUUCUCCCUCUUUUAACCUUCCAUCAAAAUGUCGAAUCAAAAAAGGAAGAAGACCAGGAAGUUGCGUGGUCAUGUCAGUCAUGGACAUGGUCGUAUCGGCAAGCACCGCAAGCAUCCUGGCGGUCGUGGUAACGCUGGUGGUAUGCAUCACCACAGAAUCAACUUCGACAAAUACCAUCCUGGAUACUUCGGUAAAGUUGGUAUGAGGAACUUCCACUUGCGCCGCCAGCACAAGUUCUGCCCAACCAUCAACUUGGACAAGUUGUGGUCGCUCGUCGGGGACAAGGUCCGCGAUGAAUGCGAGAAGGACCAAAAGAGUGGAAAAGCUCCAGUUGUCGAUCUAGUGAAAUUCGGUUACUACAAAUUGCUCGGACGAGGUCAUCUGCCGAAAUUGCCCAUUAUCGUGAGAGCCAAGUACUUCUCCAAGAAGGCCGAAAACAAAAUCAAGAAGGCUGGCGGAGCUUGUCUGUUGAGGGCUUAAGAUAAUCUUAGGUAAUUACAUAUAAGGCGAUGCAGUCCAUCGAUGCAAGGAUGUACAAUUUCCAACCAUGUACUUGAGAAAAGAUCUUUUUACAAUAAAAGCUUUUACGUUAAAGUA